UGCGCAAACUAGUUGCUGUUAAUGCACUGAACUGCAGAUGGUGAUGUGGAUGAAAUAACGGUGUCCAGUUCAUCAGCUUUGGAUGGGGAAAUGGUUUGUAAUCGACUUGAGAGGAUGAGCUAAAUUGAUGCUGUGAUUUCAACGCAGAUCCAAACAACUGCAGAGGAGAUGGGUCUACUUUGGCGGCGGGACCUCACCCUGUCUGAGAGUUUGGGGAAUGGCCCCCCUGUUGGCUUCGCCCCGGGGCCCCCAGCCACCGUGGCCCCACAGCAGUCCAACACCUCCUGGGUACCGGAAGCACCGCUGGUCACACCAGAGGAGACGUUUUUCCUCAUGACCUCCACUGCACAAACCAUAUCGGGUUUUUUCGUUUGGACAGCGCUUCUGAUCACAUGUCACCAGAUCUACAUGCACCUGCGUUACUACAGCUCUCCUAAUGAACAGAGGCACAUAGUGAGGAUCCUCUUCAUAGUCCCCAUCUACGCCUUCGACUCGUGGCUCAGCCUUCUCUUCUUCACCAAUGAGGAGUAUUACGUUUACUUUGACACAGUCCGGGACUGCUACGAAGCCUUUGUCAUCUACAACUUCCUGAGUCUGUGUUAUGAGUAUCUGGGAGGAGAGAGCGCCAUCAUGGCCGAGAUCAGAGGGAAACCCAUCGAGUAAGUCCUGCUUUCAUUUUGACCCUGUUUGACCUUUUUAAGCU